AUGAAGAGAGAACUGGAAGCUGCAAUCCUUGACAAAGCUGGCGAAGUGAUAUCAACUAUGAAGAGCUCUAAGCAUGUUGAUCAAGGUUCAGCAGUUGAUUGUUGCUCAGCAUUUAGCCGCAAUAUUCUGGAUUUUAGUCCUAUAAUGGUUGUAGCAAUCGAAGUUCAUUUGGCAGAAGAGCAGGCUGACUGGUGGCAGGCAUUUUACCAAGGGAUUGCUUUUCCAACAUUUGCUCGGUGCUUCUUACUUGAUAUGUUAUCAAGUGAAGUAACAUCCCAAGUUCUAUGUCAUGCACAGCGUUGCUUACCAAGUAAUGAUUCACUUACUGAGGAAUUGCUCGAGUCAAACCCAAAUUCUGUCUUCUGGUUGAGAAUGAUGGAGGCAAUUAGAGAUCCCUAUGCAGUGGAAAGAAUCUCUGAGCAAAUUUUGCAUCAGCUAACUUCUCGUCAUGCAGAUGAUACCCCAACCUAUUGGGCUCCGUGGUUGUUCCAUCGCACUGUUAAGCAUCAGGCUUCUGUCAGAAACAGCAGAGGAGCUAUAAUAAAGUUCAAUGAUCAUUGGUUAUUUAAUAAGGGCAUGGGCUUAAUCAAGAUCGCAGUAAUUAUGUAAUUUGACUGAGAACUUCUUCAA